AUGCGUUUCUCAGCACCCGUCAUCAUGGCCCUGGCGGCCGUGGCAAACGCGGCCAGCGCGCCCAUCGAGCCCGAAAAGUUUGCCAAAAUCAUGGACGAGAUGCUCCCCGACACAAAGUGCGAUGGCAAGACGCCCGACUGCCGCACCGCCACGCAGGCCGCCCCCUUUAUCCAAAAGUCCAUGGCCCGCUACCAGAUCAACAGCACCAACGAGAUGGCCGCCAUCAUCUCCCUCAUGGCCUUUGAGUCGGGCAACUUCACGUACAAGCGCAACAUGUUCCCCGGCCGCCCGGGGCAGGGCACCGCCAACAUGCAAAUGGCCAACUUCAACUUUGAGUACGCCAAGUCCAUCCCCUGCCUCCAGAGCAAGGUCUCCAACGUCACCACCGUCGAGGGCGCCUCCAACGCCACCCUCAACUACAUCCUGUCCCUGGUGACCGUGGACAAGUACAACUUUGGCAGCGGCCCGUGGUUCUACACCACAAAGUGCCUGCCCGAGUCCAGGGACGCCCUGGAGAAGAAUGUCGACACGGGCUUCGAGACGUACAUGAAGUGCGUGGGCGUCUCCGUCACCGAGGACAGGAAGGCGUACUUGACGCGGGCCAAGAAGGCCUUUGGCUUGUCCUGA